AUGAUAUAUAGAUCAUCACUUGCACUGUAUUUAAGCACAUCUUUAUUUUUAUAUUCACAGCUUGGGGACCCUGACGUGGGGCUCACUGCACAGGAACAGGUUCUUCUGUUGUUCGACAUCAAACUUCAGUGUCUCCAGAACAUCUCCGAGCACAGUUCUGAAGAUAGCGUGUGCACCCCUGGAUGGGACGGGCUCAUCUGUUGGCCUCAAGGUUCCAUAGGAAGCCUCACCAAAGUGCCGUGCCCUAACUACAUCUACGAUUUCAAUCACAAUGGUUACGCUUACCGUAAGUGUGACGCGAAUGGCUCGUGGUUCUCAGUUGAGAACAGAACCUGGGUGAACUACUCGGAAUGCUUGCGGUUCCUGACACCAGGCAAAGAGCGGGGCAAGAGGGACUUUUUUGAGAGGCUGCACAUCAUGUACACUGUUGGCUACGCCGUGUCCUUCAGCUCCUUACUGGUGGCAAUUUUUAUAAUCGGCUACUUCAGGCGCCUUCACUGCACCAGGAACUACAUCCACAUGCACCUGUUCGUGUCCUUCAUGCUGCGUGCCGUCAGCAUCUUUGUGAAGGACCUGGUGGUGGAUGCCAGCGGCGGCAUACAACAGUACGACGAUGUGCUCAUGGAUGACCUCAGCGCCAUCUCUAUCAGCCCUCUAGACAAGACCCAAUUUGUUGGCUGUAAGAUCACAGUUCUACUGUUUAUUUACUUCCUGGCCACCAACUACUACUGGAUCCUGGUUGAGGGACUUUACCUACACAGCCUCAUCUUCAUGGCAUUCUUCUCCAAUUCGAAAUACCUGUGGGGCUUUACACUUAUAGGAUGGGGUGUUCCGGCGCUCUUUGUGUCGGCUUGGGCUGCCGUCAGGGCGAUGCUGGCAGACGCACGAUGCUGGGAACUAAGUGCAGGCAACAUCAAGUGGAUUUACCAAGUUCCUAUACUGACUGCGAUCGGACUCAACUUUGUUCUGUUCGUGAAUAUUGUUCGAGUUCUGGCCACCAAGAUCCGAGAGACGAACGCAGGCAGAUACGACACGCGCAAACAGUACAGCAAGCUGGCGAAGUCCACGCUGGUGUUGGUGCUGGUGUUCGGGGUGCACUACAUUGUGUUUGUCGGGAUGCCGCAUACAUUCACUGGUAUGGGAUGGGAGCUGCGCAUGUACUGCGAGCUGUUCUUCAACUCUUUUCAGGGCUUUUUUGUGUCCAUCAUUUACUGCUUCUGCAAUGGUGAGGUCCAGACAGAGAUGCGAAAGACAUGGCAGCGCUGGACGCUGGCGGUUGAUUGGAAAAGCCCUGUCGUCCUGGCCAAUUACCGCUACCAGUCAGUGUUGACCAGCGUGAACAACAACGCCAGCGUUCAACCCCAGCCUCAGGCCCCGCUGUCCAGCCGAGCGUUCCGCUCCACCAGCCGACCCCGCAGCACCUCUACCUCACGCGGUAUCCCCACGCACUCUCACGUCGCCCUGCCCGGCUACGUCUUCAGCUACUCGGAGAUCGAGAGCCUGCCUCCGUCCAUCCCGGAGGAGAACGAGGACGAUGCGAAGCGUGUUGAUGACAUCACGCUGAGCGAAGGCACAAAGGCUUUACGAAGAGACGGUAGCGAAGAAACGACGUUCGGGCGGGACCAGACGUUCGCCGAUGUCAGUUUGAGCGAGGACGCAGACGUCACGCUGAGAGAUUCGGUACGGUAUAGCAGUUUGGAUCAGGGGGAGGAACAGGACAUUUAAAAAAAGAAGAAAGGACGUAAGUUCACCGUAAACAUGGGACUAGCGGGGAGUGAUGGGAAGCUGUUAAUAGCUCAUUUCAUUUGAAGUUUUUAUCUUGGUUAAUUUGACAUUUCCAAACGUCUUAAUGAGCGCUUAAUCGUUAACGGAACAUUAAAGUCUCAAGUUCUGACACGGGGGACAAAUUCAUUCCAUCAGUGAUAUUACUUCUAAGACUGUCAGGGCCAGAAAAUGCUAGACUGAUUUCAGGUGAUUAAUAUUCACAAUUUAAUUGGAAUUUUAAUUGGAAAUAAUGUGUGAGUCAUUGGUUCUUGUCCUGUGAGCACGUUUGUGGGGGGAUUUUUUUUUUUUAAAGAACAACAUGCCUGCUUCUUUGAUGCAUUUUUGUCAAAAAAAAUUGAACAAAUAUUUGUUGUUUUCCAUCCUGGAGGCAUGGCCUUAAAGGCAAGUAAAUAUUUUGUGCACAGAUAUUGCUGCUACCAUCCUGUUUGAUUGUGGAAAUGAAAAGGUUUUUUUUUUCAGUACAGUAUAAUAAAUAACAGAGGACAUUUAUAUUUUAAAAUGUCAUGGCAGAGUCUAGAGGUCGAUUCGAUCUCGGUUCAAUCAGAACUUAUUUAUUUUUGGAGAAGUUUUUUUUUUCCAUUGGCUUUAUACACUGCUCAAAAAAAUAAAGGGAACAGUUAAAUCACACGUCGGAUCUCGAUAAACAAAAGACUUUACUCAUAUAUAUUGUGUCAUUUGUUGAGAUGCUUAAUGGAAACCUCAUUGAGGCUGGAAUUGAAAACAAAACACACCAACAAUCAAAGUAAUCGAUUGAAAUCACUAUGAUUGGCUGAUCCAGUUUGCAUGAAUUUUAUCACAACCACUCAGCAGUGUGUAUGACCUUAUUUGGGAAGGGGGGUCAGGGUGUGGUCUCCUCCCAGACCUGGACGAUCUGUGGUGCUACUUGGCGGCCUCGGAUGCACUUAUUCCAAACCCUCCCGAGGUUCUCAACUGGAUUCAGGUCUGGGGAACGUAAGGGCCAGUCAAUGAACCCUGAAUCGACCGUGGGUCAUCUUCAUGGACCUCACUUUGUGUACAUAAGCACAGUCGUGUCUUUUCCUGGAACUGAAAAGGGCAUCCUUAAACUGUUCAAACAGAUUUAUAAUAUUUUAUAAUUGGUUUUAUAUAUCGGUUAGGUUGAGUGUGUCUUAAGCACCUGAUCUGUGUAAUUACGAGAGGCGUCCGCGUACUUUUACAGCCUUGGCAUGCAGUAGCUUGGGAAACGGCACAAAUUCCUCGAUUUAUUUACAUUUUAAAUGAUUUAUUUUGAUUUCUAUGCAUGUACCAACAUUUUCAAGAUCUGGAGUACUACCUUGGGGUGCCUCGAGUGGUGCUUAAAGCACUGGCGUCUUCUGAAAACUUUCGGAUUGAUGGGAAUGAUGACACAUAGCAUGGAAUUAAAUUAUGUAAAUUAUUUCCAUUCA